AUGGCUGAGGAAAUCCACACCCCGGUGAAGACUAAGGAUGUCAACUGGUGGCUCAUCUAUAGUUGCACCGUCAUAUCUAUGGGUGCAAUUUUCUGGGGCUACGAUAUCGGCAUCCUGAGUACCAUCUUUGUCGCCCCCGGCUUCAAGAAGGCCCUGCACAACCCGAGCUCCGCUGAAACCGGUCUUAUCACUGCCAUCUUCUCCGCUGGUCAAUUCGUUGGCUAUGGCUUCCUCGCUGGACCUACCAACAACAGGUUCGGUCGCCGAUGGGCUGGCUUCUUGGGUACUAUCGUGCUCUUGGUCGGUGCUGCUCUCCAGGCUGGUGCUGUCCACUUGUCCAUGAUGGUCAUCGGCCGUAUCAUUGCCGGUGUAGGCACUGGUGUCGUCUCCACAUCAGUUCCUUUGUACCUCUCUGAGAUUGCCCCGGCUAGACUCCGUGGUGCCUAUGUCGCUGCCAACCAAGUCGGUAUCGUGUUCGGCAUUUCCAUGGCUUUCUGGGUCGGCUAUGGCCUCUCUUUCUGGAAUACUGGACGUGGAGUUGAUGCCCAGUGGCGUAUCUCCAUCGCUGUUCAAGCUCUACCCGCGUUCAUCUACAUGUGUGGUGUCCUGACCCUUCCCGAAAGCCCCCGCUGGCUUGUUGGUGCAGACAGGAUGGAGGACGCAGUUCAGGCACUGGCCAAGCUGCGAGGAACCAACAACAUUGAGUCCCUCCAGGCAGAGCUCGACGAGAUCCACUCCAACAUCCUCUGGCACAAGCAGCACUCCGUCAACUCCGCCAAGGUCUUCUUCACGGACCCUGCUCUGUGGUCUCGCCUCUGGCGCGCAUGGGCCUUGUGCUUCCUACAGCAGAUGAGCGGAGCUGCAGGUAUUCGAUAUUAUCUACCAACCAACUUCAUUGCUGCUGGUACUUCUAAGGAACUCUCUCUGCUUGCGUCUGGCAUUGAUGGUACAGUGCAAGUAGCUUGUACUGUAGCUGGUGUGUUCCUGAUUGACCGUAUGGGCCGUCGUCAUGCUCUUGGAAUUGGUGCUAUCAUUAUGGCAUUCUGCCUCAUGAUUAAUGGUGCUCUCCAGUUGGCAUAUCCCAACCAGGCGAACUCCUCCGCCAACUACUGCAACAUCUUCUUCAUCUUCUUCUUCACCGUCGGAUACAGUAUUGGGUUCGGACCGUGUGCCUGGAUCUACGCCUCGGAAAUCUUCCCUGCCAACGUACGAUCCAAGGGUCUGGGCAUCUCAGUUACUGGCACCUCUCUGGGUAGUAUCAUUGUCGGCCAGGUCUGGCCUGUUGCGGUUGCCAACAUUGGACCCAAGACCUACUUCAUCUUCAUGUCCUUCAACGUCUUCUCGACUUUUCUGGUCUACCUCUGCUACCCCGAGACCAAGCGAAAGACUCUUGAGGAGCUUGAUUCGCACUUCGGAAAGCUCAACAUCCACUCGGAGGAGGAGGCUACUCCUAAGCAGAUGCUAGGCGAGGAGCACGUCGAGGUAAAGGACGUUGUCAAGGCUGCUUAA